AUGAGCUCGUCCCACCAUACCCCUGGUUCACCAGAUGCACUGUCAGAUUCAGACAUAAUAGCCCACUCAGACAUUUCGUACCACUUUGCGAACGAGCAUAUGAGCGAUACAUAUGAUGAAACCGAUCAGGAUGAUCUUGAUUUUGAGCCGGAAUUGAUGGGGUCUGAAGCAGGAGGCGCUGAUGAGGACGACCAUGAACUUCUUGCAGAAGAUGCAGUGCGUGAGCUGCUGGAGGAUGGCGGAAAUCUACAAUUUGAGUUCACAGUGGAGGACAGCGAUCAAGCCGAAGACACAGACGGCGAUAACACUACACACACCGGUGCUACUCGUGGUAUGCUAUCACCAACAGUUUCAAUUUCCAUCAACAAGGCUUUCAUUGACCACUGGUUGUUUGUCAUAGUAACUACAGAACAGUUAUUCCAGCUACUCGGAGCAACGCGCCUCAGACGCAUUCUACAGACACACGGAUUAUGGCGAGAGCAAGUCCCCCGGGAUGAAGACGACGAAGAUGCAUCAGUUUUUGGCUCAUACGGCUUUAGAAGGCGCCGGACGCAGAGGCCGGUUGAGGAGCGAUACCCCAAAAUUCCCAGCGAGUUAGGUGCAGAAUUAAUGGCAUCCGGAGCUUUCGGCAAUAACCCAUACCAUGUUGAUAGGGCGAAGAAGAGAAGACUCAAUUUUGCCACAAAAAUGAUGUGGAGGGAGCUAGGCAGGGGACCUCGAGGAGCCGAUCUGAGAGCUGCGAGAGCCAUCCCGCAAGUCUUAAUCCCAGGUUCUGCGCCCGAUAAGAUUAUUCACUAUGACUCUAGAUGCUACUCAGGCCAGUUUUCCAACGAUGGUAACUUUUUCUUCUGCUGCAACCAGGAUUUUAAAGUGCGGAUGUAUGAUACAUCCAAUCCAGGCGACUGGAAAUACUACAAAACGGUCGAUUGCCCAUUUGGGUAUUGGACCAUUACAGAUGCUUCAUUGAGUCCAGAUAAUAGAUUUCUGGCCUGUAGCUCUAUCAAUAACUUUGUGUGUCUGGCGACCACCGAUCCGGCAUCAGACCAGGAUCCGCACGUGUUAGAUUUUGCUAAAUCUAGGCGGGUUAGAGCGCCCAUUGGCCAUCCGGGAGCAUUUGGUGUAUGGUCUAUUCGAUUCUCAGGGGACGGUCGAGAAAUUGCCGCGGGGACUUCUGACCGGUCUGUCGUUGUCUACGAUAUUGAAUCACAGCAGCCAGUACUACGGCUUCAAAACCACGAAGACGAUGUCAACGCGGUCUGUUUUGGGGACAAUUCAUCCCCUCAUAUUCUCUAUUCGGGGUCCGACGAUACCACCCUUAAGGUUUGGGACCGACGAUCGAUGGCAGAUGGUCGAGAAGCCGGAGUGUUCCUAGGCCAUACUGAAGGACUAACCUUCGUCGACAGCAAAGGUGACGGCAGAUACGUGCUGUCAAACGGAAAGGACCAGCUGAUGAAAUUAUGGGAUCUGAGGAAGAUGAUGACCAUCUCAAAAUUCGACACCAUUGACCCAAGUAAAUACACAACGGGGUUCGAUUAUAGAUUUAUGACCUUUACGAAUGAAGAUUACCAGCCACAUCCGCACGAUUGCUCUGUGGUUACAUACCGAGGGCAUAGUGUUUUGAGGACCUUGAUCCGGUGCCACUUCUCCCCGCCGGAAAGUACGAAUUCCAGAUUUGUCUAUACUGGCAGUGAAGAUGGAAAGGUAUAUAUAUACAAUAUCGACGCCACUAUCGCCGGUGAAAUUGAUGUCGCCGAAGCAACAUAUCACAGUCGACCCACGGAUGCGGAAGUUUUCAGUGCAGCAUCUCACUCUAGAAGGCUUGAUACUGAUUGGAAGACGGUUGUUCGUGAUGCCAGUUGGCAUCCAAAUGCCCCCAUGAUAGCAGCUACCUCCUGGAAUGGGCGCGGUAUGGCUGCAGGAACGUGCACUGUCCACUCUUGGAACGACGAUGGAUCCGAAGACGAAGGCGAUCCGCCUCUUGGGCAAAGUUAUAAUGCGCAAUUAGAGUAUGUUGAGUCGUUCAACCGGUAUAGUAAAGCAGUUCGGGAACGUGGCGAGCGCGGCGCCCGUAGGGGCCAUGGAUUGAGAAGCCAGCCAGUUCGUCGGGCUAGGGAUACUAUUGGUGGCGGAGAGUCAUCAACAGGAACCUGGUAG